UUGGAGAAAUAGAUUAUGGUUAUUGGAACUAGGGGGAGUUUUUAGGAAUUCAUUAGAUGGGCAGGCGACAAGGGCAAUAAUAUCAACACGAAGAUUUAAUUUAGUUACAUAAGGUCAAUGAAUUGUUGUUGCAACAAAUUGAUAGUCAAUAUAUCAUAACUUUGUUCGGUGUCUGAUUACCGGAGGUUCGCGUUGACAGAAAAAAAUUGACAGGAAAAAGGUUGAGAACCCCUGACUUGGAACUUUCUUGAACCGUUGUGCUGAAUAUGAAUUGGUUAGAUAUAGAUCACAUGCUGCGAAAGUUACUAGAACAUUCCAUCUAUAAAAGCAGGCGAUUUCCCACAUUUAUCAGAGAUUAACUUAAAAUGUCAUACAGGAGGAAGCCUAAUUAUGUAUUUUUAGUUGGGUUGUAUUUAUUGUAAGAAGAUAUUAUUUCAAAUGGCUAAUUUUAAAAGAAAGUGCACAUUCACUAACGAGAUGCAAGAAAACAUCCAUGUUUUAGAAAAGGCAGGAAUGAUUAGGAGGCAGAAUGCUUGGUUUGCAAAUCAGGAACUUAUAUAUCUAUCGUGCACAAAGGUAAUGGUGAUUUAAACACACAUGUGCAAUCGGAAAAAUAACGCAAAGCAGUAAGAGGGGCUGUUGCAUCAACGAAUAUGACAAAUUAUUUUGCUACAGCAGGAAGCAAAUGCGAAGAUGAAAUCACUGCCGCAGAAGGUACGCUUGCAUUUCACGCUGUUAAGCAUCAUCAUAGCUUUUUGUCCAUGGACUGUACAUCUGCUUUAUUUAAAAAGAUUUUCCCUGAUUCUAAUGUAGCGAAGAAGUUCAGUAGCGGCCGCACAAAGACAGAAAAAGUUGUUACUAGCGUUCUUGCGCAAUAUUCUAUUGAUGCUGUUCUGAAAAGUUUUGAAGAAAACGAUAUCGCGUAUUUUGGCGUUGCAACAGAUGGCAGCAAUCACAAUGAACUGAAAUUAUUUCCUACAAUUAUUCAAUAUUUUGACUGGAGGAAUGGUGGUUUGCAAUCAAAAUUGAUUGAGUUUACAAACAAGGCAAACGAGACUGCCGACACAAUUGCCACUUAUAUAAAAGACACUUUAGAAAAAAUGAUGCUUUUGAAAAAAUGUGUGUCAUUUACAGGAGACAACUGCAAUACUAUGUUUGGAGGACUUCAGCGUAAUGACCAAGGAAACAAUGUGUUUGCAAAGUUAAAGAAAAUGUUAAACCCGUCAUUGAUUGGGGUUGGCUGCCCAGCACACGUUUUGAACAAUUGUAUUCAUCAUGGCGCUGAAAGAAUGAACAUCGAUAUUGAAAAUAAUAUCAAUAAGAUAUAUCAAUAUUUUUCUAUUUACACAGUUAGAACUGAACAACUGAAAGAAUACUGUGAAUUUGCAAAUUGUGAAUACAAGAGACUUCUCUCUCAUAGCAAGACUCGCUGGCUCUCCUUGUUUCCUGGAAUUUCAAGAUUGUUAGAAAUGUUUUCACCCCUGAAGUCCUACUUUUUGUCACAAGAACAUCCACCAAUAGUUAUUAAACGGUUCUUUGAGAAUGAAAUGAGCGAGUUAUACCUUUGGCAUAUGCACUCACUGAUGUCCGUGUUUCAUGGACGUAUUCAAGUGGUUGAGAGAGAAAACAAUUCCGUCGCAGAAGUGCUAGAAAAUUUGGAGCUGGUUCAUAAGGUGCUUGUGGAAAGGAAGAAUGAAAGCUUUAUGUCCUUGACGGUUAAAAGGCUUUUAAAUGAAAAAAGAGAAGAGGGAUAUGAAGAUGAAUGUAACAAUUUUCUUUCCGAAGUUGCAAACCUCUAUGAGAGAUGCCUGGAGUACCUGUGUAAAUGGAUGAAACCAAUGGAAGAGUUUACUUGUUUCAAAUGGAUGACCUUGAACGAGAUACCAAGUUGGAAGGAUGUAGAGCCUUGCCUGGAAUAUCUGAUUGGCAAAGGGGUUGAUGUGGACGAUGCAAAGGGCUUUGACCAAAUCUGUAACUUGAGGCAUUUUGUGGAAAGUUACGUACAGGACGAAGCAUUUAUUAAACUGCCAACGCAUAAGAAAUGGUGCAAAUAUUUCGAUCAGUCUACGAACAUCACAUGCCACUCAGAAAUUUUAAGGAUUGUACAGUUUUUCUUUGCUGUUACAUCCCACAAUGCCAAUGUAGAGAGAGUCUUUUCUCUGAUGCAAAGUCAGUGGACUAAAGAGAGCAACAAGCUGAGCGUUGCGACCAUGAAAGGCAUAUUGACUGUUCAAUAUAAUUUCAAAAAUAUGAGCUGUAGUGAAUUUUUUUCAUUUUUAAAAUCAGACAAGGCCCUAUUGAGGAGAAUUAGAUCUUCAGAAAAAUAUGCAUGGUCAGAAGAGUAAAUUUGUAGUGACUUGACUUACAAGCGUGUCUUCAAUUCCUUUUUUUCCUGUUCGGCACAACCUAAUUGUCAUUAUUAUUUGAGAUUAAAGUUGAGAUUUUUUUUUCAAUGACGGUCC